AAGAUGAACUUAGUCAAGGGGGCAGAGCCUCCUUGCGGUUUUGUGUGCAUGAUUUAGAUUUCGAGUUUCUUUUUUGCUUGAUUCAUUUUCUACCAGGACCAUGGAUAGGAGAAAGAUUCUUUGGUUUUAUGCCAAGCAAAAAAUUAAAGCAUACAACACACUUGAUGAUUCCUCUUCUAAUGUUUCAAGGUACACACAAGCAUGUUAACUUUAUUCUUUGCUUCCUUUAGCCCUAAAUGGUACAGUGUUGCAAUCCUUUAUUAAUUCUAACUCUUAAAACUGUAAUCACACAAUCGCCCGUCUCAUCAUUCUGAUUUCUGAGAAGGCAAUGGCUGCAGCCAUCAAUUUCUCAGGACAAGCCCUGCUGCAGCAAAGCAUGAGCUUCAGAGCAAGGGAAGGAAUGGCCCUCAUCUCUUUGCCUACGAAAGGUUUAUGUAUGCCAACUCAGCAAAAGAUAAAAAUACAACAUGGAAUGUCCCUUAGAAAGCAAUUAAAGACCAAAUCCUCCACAACUCUGUCAUCAACACGCUUUGGUGAUUUUGAGUUGAGUCCAUCUCCAUUUUCUGCAUCUGAUAUGAUAGGAGAGUUCUACAAAUGCAUCAAUGAGAAGAACUCAGAGGAAUUACAUGCUUACAUCUCGAACAAUUGCUACUUUGAGGAAUGUUCCUUUCCUAAACCAUUUGAGGGAAAACAGGAAGUUGUGCAGUUCUUUGAACAACUUAUGGCAAGCAUGGGCCAGCAUGUGAAGUUCAAAGUAGAGCACAUUUGUGAAGAUGAUGAGUUUACAGCCGGGGUGAAUUGGCACUUGGAGUGGAAAGAGACACCAAUUCCUUUCACCAGAGGAUGCAGUUUCUAUGAAUGCUCAAUAGAAGGAGACAGAUUACUGAUAAAGAAUGCCCGAGCUGUGAUCGAGUCACCAAUCAAACCCGGAGGCAUAGUGCUGACUCUGUUGAAGAAUUUGACUUCGCUAUUUGACGAUUUCCCAAAGACAACUGAAUGGUUACUGAAGAGUCCUCAAGUAAUAAUCCUGUACAUAGUAAAAAUUUACACCAUGUUUUUGGCGGCUUUCAUCAACCCAAUUGUGGCAGGCUACAUCAACAUGUGGAAAUUGGUGAUUCGAUUAUUUUGCUUAGUUCUCAACAUGCUGAUCAAGAUUCUAAAGAUUUUUCUCAAGUAACGGUCGUCCCCAUGGCGACUCCACCAUGAGAGAGCAACCAAUGGGCCAAUGAAAGGUGGAAUUGGUGGAGGCUUCCUGAAAGAAAGCUACACCAGGCUUUGCAUUCCCCUCUUUUUGAUUGACCCUCUUUCUAUAGAAUCAUUAUUUACCUGUUUCUGUGGAGUUGUGCGUAAGAUAAACACGUAUGAGAACAAAACAAAUUCUAUUUGAUCCGUGACAUUGUAAGGAAAUUAAUUUAAGGUUAUAUAGGAAUAUUUGAUGUACCAUGCUCUCAGCACUAGCAUGGAUUCAAUUCAAGCUAUUCAAGC